UGGACGUGUCAUUGUGCCAAUUACUUGUAGAAUUGUGGGAUCUGCCAUCAAGUAUAGCUGUUGUUAUAGCGGAUAAUUGUUGGUCACUUGAAAGCUUUGGAGAUAUUUCAAACUGUAAGUGGUUGUGGAAAGUCUCAUUGUGUGGGUACAACAAACUUGGUCCACUUGUUGGUGACAUAUUACUAGACUCCAUGCUCCAGGUUUACUUUACCUUUACGUUUGGAAUUUCACUCUUUAUAUAAAAUCCAAAAAGCAGAAUAAUUGAACGUGUUUUCCAUGGCAGGGAAAUGCUCUUGAAGAUCACUUUAUCAGUGUCAAUCUUGGAUAUAAGAUGAUUCCAAGGGGGUUUGUUGGUAGGCUGUUUAAGGGGACAACAUUUACAUUGCGUCUUCCAUAUGAUUGGUACAAAGACUUUUGUGGGUUCUUAAUAUGCAUUGUUACCAAAGCAAGACAUCCGCAAAUAAAUAUAAUCAUCAGGCAGGAUGUGGAUGAAGAUAUUCUCUCCGUGCUUUGGCAAGAGUCUAGUGAAGCACCAGCAGAUCCUAAAUAUGAUGGAAGUGGGUCAAUCAUAGGAUAUGUUUCCUUUAGUUCACUGAGGCACACAACAUUAUUGAAUUCUUCAUACAAUAUGAUAUCAUUUUCAAUAGACGGAGGACAUCUGAGUGGCUUAGCAGCUAACAGUUAUGUUGGAGGUGAGCUCAUUCCUUGGGGAAGUAAAGGGGAUGAGGUGAAAACAACAAAUUGCUCAGAAUUUUGGGACAAGGAAAAUGAAGAUGGUUCAAACACAUUUAAAAUCCGACAACAUGAUUCAAAGUCUUCUGUUGAGAUCUUAUGGCGGCCUUACUACACACAGAAAGUGGUUGUCAAAGUGAAUGUACACGAUGAUAAAGGAAAGCGGAAGGUUUUGAAGGCAGUUUCCACCCUUUCAGGGGUCGAGUCCAUAGCUUUCAGCAUGAAAGAGAAGACACUGACUGUCACUGGGGACGUUGAUCCAGUUUUUAUCGUCGGAAAACUGAAAAAGUAUUGCCACACAGAGAUAGUGACCAUUGGAACAGCCAAAGGUUGGUAGAAGCUUUCAGCAGGACCUUCAAUCCUGAAAUCGUACAAGAGUGUCACAAUGAUUGUGUUAUAUCUGAGCUCUUAGACUUGAGGGAGUGAUGUCAGCAAUACCCACUACAAAAAAUAUGUCAAUUAGUGACCAAAACGAAAUGGUCACUAACAAUAGAAUGAGUCGUCACUAAAUGAUUUAGUGACCAAAAUUUCGGUCGUCACUUUUCGUCACUAUAGGUCG